AUGAGUCUGCGACCGCCCGCUACAAUUCGCCGUCCUUCCAGCAGCAUGGAUGGCGUUUCCCACGAGUUGUCACGGGCCAACAGCGACAUUCGACGACCAGAUUCCCCCGACCAAGGUUUUCAAAACAAUAAUUGGGACAAAAAGGAAGGCUGGCCUGUUGUUGCAGCUGGAUCAGCCAUAUUCUUUGUGUAUCUGGGCUUAAUAUAUUCCUAUGGCAUUGUGCAACUUCAUCUUGCUGAUGCGCGUCUCGCUAGCGCCUCGACCUUGUCGUUCAUCGGAUCCUUGGGUGCAGCAAUGUCUCCUCUCAUGGGCAUUGUAGUAGCUCAGAUUAUCAAGCGCAUUGGCUAUAGAGCCACUGCUUUUGUAGGAAGCAUAUUUCUGGGUCUUGGAGAGUUCACUGCGGGCUGGUCAACGCAAUCAGUUCCUGCCAUGUUUGCCACACAGGGGUUUCUCUUUGGUAUUGGAGCUGCCCUGCUCUUCUUGCCAGCGGCAACAGUGCCGUCCCUAUGGUUCAAAAAGAAACGAGGACUAGCAACUGGUCUUGUCUAUGGUGGCGCGGGGUUAGGUUCUGCUGUGAUUGCAAUUUCGCUAGAAGAGCUGAUCAGCGUCACCGGUCUGGAAGGAGCUUUAAAGAUACUUGGAGGCCUAGCAUGGAUUAUUUGCAUCCCAGCAUCAUACUUCCUCAAAGCGCCGGCAGGAAGCGCGCGUGCCGUGUCGAGCAUACAAUGGAGUCUCCUCCGUAGUCUUAAAUUCAUUCUCAUGUUAUUAAUGGGCGCCAUCGCAACCUUCCCUCUUUUUGUCCCUCCGUUCCUACUUCCACUUUAUAUCUCCUCAAUCGGUUUCUCGAGCCGUGCGGCUGCAGCUAUACUCGCGGCUUGGAACUUUGCCUCUGCUCUCGGCCGUAUCGGAAUGGGAUUUGGGGCAGAUAUAUUCCUCGGUCCGGUCAACAGUAUGAUCCUAUCGCUCACUGUUAUCGGCGUUAGUGCAAUGGCACUCUGGCCGUUCGCAUCCUCCCUCGGACUUCUCAUUUUCUUCGCGAUCAUCAAUGGAAUGGGCUCCGGUGGUUUCUUCAGCCUCAUGCCUGUCGUAGUAGGCGCAGUGUUUGGAGAUGGACAGCUCGCGAAUAUCAUGUCUAUGUUGACGACAUCCUGGACCUUUGGAUAUUUUCUAGGGGCUCCUAUCGCUGGAUAUCUGCUUGACGCUUACGGCGGCACAGACGCCGGCCUUGCAGCGUUUCGACCUGCAAUAUUUUAUGCUGGAUCACUGACACUGGCGAGCGCGGGGUUGCUUUUGUUUGUUCGGCUGAUGUUGAACAAGAAGAUAUUUGCGAGGGUAUAG